AUGCUAGAACACAUUCCAAGGAAAGAAAAUCGGAUAGCUGAUGUUUUGGCAAAUUUAGCUACAACAUUGGCGUUAAUUGAUGAGGACCUGGUUGAUGUUCCUAUUGUUUUUCAAGAAAAGAUAUGCCUUGCGAGGGGAACUAUUGGUGGCGUGACUGAAUUGGCAAGAAAGGAGGACGGCCAGCUUGAGAAUAGAAAACAAGAUGGUGACCAAAGAACUGGCUCACGCAUCGGCGAUGGAUAUUCAUGGUCGUCUGACAGAGCUCCAGGGCCAGAUGGUUUUAUAGCUCGAUUCUUUCAACAUUAUUGGAUUAUUGUUGGGGAGGACUUUACUGAUGUUAUUUUACAAAUUUUCAAGCAGCCAGUUUUGGGUAGAGGUACUAAUAACACUUUCAUUACUUUGAUUCAGAAGAAAAAGGAUGCAAUUACAGUAGGGGAUUUCAGGCCUAUAUCUCUGUGUAAUACUUUUUAUAAAGUCAUUGCUAAGAUACUUGCAAACAGAUUAUCUAAGGUUCUGGGGAGGAUUGUGGGCAGUGAACAAAUUGCUUUCAUUCAGAAUAGAAGGAUCCAAGAUAAUAUAAUUGGAUUUGGUGAUCAGUGGAUUGCUUGGAUUAAAGAAUGUAUGAUGGACUUGGAGGUUAGAAAUGGGAUUGUGGUUCCUUUAGUAGCUGCUGUCAAGGCUGGAAUUCCAAUCACUCAUCAGUUUUUUGCUGAUGAUUUAUUAUUGGUUGUCAGAGCUAACAUGGCUUCAAUUUUAACUGUCAAGAGAUUGUUGAUUCAGUUUGAAAAAACCUCAGGUUUAGCUGUUAAUAAGGACAAAUCAGAGGUUUUUCUUACAAAAUCAGUGAGAAGAAGGGAUGCUAUUGUUAGAUCUUUAGGGUGUAAGGUAGGAAAACUUCCUUUCACUUACUUGGGGCUCCUUAUUUCUGAUAAAUUGCUGGGAAGAGUUGAAUACCUUAAUUUGGUUGAUAAAGUAAUUGCUGUUACCUCUAGAUGGAAUGGUCUGAAUAUAUCAAUGGCUGGGAGAGUGGAAUUGAGCAGAGCUGUGAUUAUUCCAAUGGUGCAGUAUUGGACUUCAGUUUUUUCCCUUCCUGCUGCUGUUUCAAAUUUGAUUGAGAGAAAAAUGAGGAACUUUGUUUGGGGACACCUUGAAAACAGAAAGAAGCUGCAUGGGCUCCGGUGGAAGAAUCUUACAAUGCCUAAAGAGGAAGGAGGGUAUUACAAUUCUUUACUUUCAAAAGACAGGAUUUGGGUUGCUUGGUUUCAGCACUGUUACUUGCGAACUUCAUCAUUUUGGAAUGUUGUUCCUAGGAUUAAUUCAUCUGCUAUGUGGAGAAGCUUAUUAGCUGUUCGUGAUGUUGUCAAGGAAAAUUGCAGGUAUAGAAUUGGUGAUGGUCUAAAUGUAAAAGUUUUCUUGGAUCUAUGGUGUGAAGGGAAGAUGCUAAGUGAUUUAUUUAACCAUAGGCUGUUACGGUGCCUAAGUAGGAAUAAAAAUAUCAGUAUGCAUGAGCUUAUUAUAGAGGGAGAAGGGGAUGUAUCUCAAUUGAAUAAUACUUCUCAUGAGCUAAUUCAGAUGUUCCAAAAUCAGAAAAUUCAUGGCGAAGUGGAUGAAAUUCAGUGGGUAACCACAUUUAGUUUUAAAGCUGCUUGGGAAGCUACUCGUUUCAGGUUGCAGGAAUUGAAUUGGGCUGGUUUGUGCUGGAGUGGGGGGAGACCUAGGUGGUCAGUUCAUGCAGUUUUGCAAGCUGUCCUUAACUCACCUGGUAUUGCUGAUGACAUCUUGCUGUUCUCAUUGGCAACCCCCAAUCAGUUCAAGUCCUUUACAAUGGUCUGUGUGUUUUCUCUGAGUUUUCUAGGCUUUGCAUUAAUCAUACCAAGAGUUCUUCUAUCCUUUAUGGGGUUCAUCCUGAUGACUAAACUGCUAUACUCAAUAUCGUUUCUUCGAAACUGGUACCCUCCCAGUUAUGCACGUGGGCUUAGACAUCUUCAAGAUCUCUCAGCCAGGGACUGCAAGACCAUGGUAGACAGAAUUACCAAUAGGGUUGGGAGUUGGACAGCUAGGUACCUCUCCUAUGCAGAAGACGGGCUGAGGUUGCUUGGCAAAGUGUCUGCAUGCUGGCCUAAAGUUUAUGGUGGCCUUGGUUUUCCAGACCUUGACCUUGCAAACAGGGUUGCUAACCUAAAACACAUUUGGAAUUUAUUGUUCUUCAAGCACAGCAGGUUGUGGUCCUCUUGGGUUCAAAUACCUUAUCAAGACCAAGAGCUUCUGGAGUAUAAAGCCCUCUUCUCUCAGUUAUGGGUUUUGGAGGAGACUGCUGAAGAUUAG